AUUCAUAUCUUCAUUAGAUGGCAAGAGCUUCCUAAGGAGCAUCUUGUCUUCACCAUGGACUCCCACAAGGAAGUAUGUGUUUUGCUUCUUACCCACUUAACCUCCAGAAAAUUUUACCCCCUUCAUGACCAGGGCAUUUUUUGCUAUUUAGCACUGCGCUACUUUAACUGGUCAUUGCGCAAUCAUGCAACAAUGUGCCCAAAUUAAAUUUUAUAUAUUUUUUUUUUCCACAAACAGAGCUUUCUUUUGAUGUGGUAUUUGAUCACUUGUGAGCUUUUUAUUUUUUCACGCUAUAAACAAAAAA